GGCGGCUCAAGCGGAGGUCUCCGCCCCGGGGUGGCCGCAGUUCCCCCCAGGCUCGAGCGAGCCGGGCAGCGCCUCCGGGAGCCAAGAUGGAGCAAACAUGUGAUGAUAUAGAUGAAAUGUUCAGCAAUUUACUUGGGGAGAUGGACAUGCUGACCCAGAGCUUAGGAGUGGAUACUGUACAACCCCCAUCCCCGAAAGUGUCCAACAAUGAAUUUAGCUUUACAGUUGGUUUUAAAGAUUUAAACGAGUCCCUGAGUGCCCUAGAGGACAAAGACCUGGAUGCUUUAAUGGCUGAUCUUGUAGCAGACAUAAAUAAUGUUGAACAGGAAACUUUGCAAGCCCAGAAAACUUCUGACAACCAGCAAAGUUCAGUCACUCAGCCUUCAACAGGCUUGGAUAGUGACAUUUAUUCUAAAUCAAGUUCUUAUGUUACCAUUACUGGACAGUUUGAGGAUGACUUGCCCCCUCCACCUCCAGAACCUGAUUUAGACCUCCCGCCACCACCUCCACCUCCUCCUCCUGAGCCACUCACCCAGGAAGAACGGGAAGCACAGGCUAAAGCUGACAAGAUUAAACUUGCAUUGCAGAAACUGAAGGAAGCUAAAGUUAGAAAGCUUGUUGUCAAGGUGCACAUGUAUGAUAACAGCACAAAAUCACUAAUGGUAGAUGAGCGUCAGGUGACAAGAGACGUUUUAGACAAUCUCUUCGAGAAAACCCAUUGUGACUGCAACGUUGACUGGUGUCUGUAUGAGAUGUACCCAGAGCUGCAAAUUGAAAGGUUUUUUGAAGACCAUGAAAAUGUUGUUGAAGUGUUGUCAAACUGGACUCGAGACACUGAGAAUAAGAUCCUAUUUUUGGAAAAAAGUGAAAAAUACGCUUUAUUUAAAAAUCCCCAGAAUUUCUACCUGGAAAACAAAGGGAAGAAUGAAAGUAAAGAAAUGAAUGAUAAAAUCAAAGAGGCUUUGCUGGAGGAAAGCUUCUGUGGGCCAUCUGUCAUUGUGCCAGAGCUUGAAGGGGCUCUUUAUUUAAAAGAAGAUGGAAAAAAGUCCUGGAAGAGGCGUUAUUUUCUUCUACGAGCUUCUGGAAUUUAUUAUGUACCCAAAGGAAAAACUAAGACGUCACGAGAUCUGGCAUGCUUCCUCCAGUUUGAGAAUGUGAACGUUUAUUAUGGUUCUCAGCACAAAGUGAAAUAUAAAGCACCUACAAAUCACUGCUUUGUCUUGAAGCACCCACAGAUUCAAAAGGAGUCACACUAUAUCAAGUACUUAUGCUGUGAUAAUGAAGCAACCCUGCAUCAGUGGGUAACAGGAAUAAGAAUUGCUAAGUAUGGCAAGACGCUGUAUGAUAAUUACAAAUGUGCAGUGAAGAAAGCUGGUUUGUCCUCUCGGUGGAGAAAUCAAAGGACGGUAGAACCAGCUGCCUCUGCGGGAUCCUUACCAGCAGGUGCCGUUCAGGCAAAUGGACAGAUUCCCCAAAUUGUUCAUCAUUCCAGUGCGGGUUUUCCAGAGACUCAGAAGAAAAUGGACAUAUCAGAGGCUAAAUCAAAUAACGGCAGCGUGCCUGGCCUGGUGCAGUCAGUGAUGAGGCCACAGAAAUACCAGAUUAAGAGGAACUCACUGCAGCCUCCUCCUCCACCUGAAAGGCGGUCAUCUGCUAUUUCUGUUUCACCACUUCUACCCUCCAAAGUCAAACGAGACAGCGGUGUUUUCUUAACAGAUCCAGAUAGCAUUCCAGCACCACCACCUACGCUGAAGAUGGAUUUUCCACCACCACCAUCUGAUUUCUCUGAGCCUCCUCCUGAUUUUGUGCCUCCACCACCACCAGCCUUCAGCAGAGGUAAUGAAGACGUGCCUUUACCCCCUCCACCUCCACCCAUCUCCAGUAAGCCACCACCUCCGACAAAGAAACCUGUGCCACUUCCUCCAAAAAGGCUGGAAAACACAGGUGAAGCUGGAGAGCCACGGCCAGCUGGGCCACCUCCAGUUGCAGGUGGAGGCAGGCAAGCAGAUUUCAUGUCUGACCUAAUGAAAGCUCUUGAGAAGAAAAGGGGCAGCAGCUCCUGAACUCUGGGAACAGGUGGACUUCAAGCCAUAGCUGGUUUUGUGAGCCAUCAUGGAAGGUUGUGCCUGGAUCAGGCUCCUCCGGAAGGAAUUCUUCUUCAGAGUUCCUCCUGGGGGCCUCAAGAAGUAAGAUGGGGUGUCCUCUGUCCCCCACUUUGUCCCUAUAACCUGCUCCUUCCUUCCCCCCAACCCAAAAACUACCAUUCCAGUAUCAGGCCAAGGUAGGACUUGGCUGUAGAGUCUUGCUUUAGUCCAUUAGGACAGCCCAGGGUGGUGAAGCAGCACUUGCAGAGCCAGCCAGCAAGUGAAAUGCAUCUUCUGUGACUGCUUUUCUUGUAGAAUUGAAGCUAAAGGAAAAAACCCAACAAUGUUCUUGUGUGUAUUUUGAGAAUUGGGAAGAUCCCUUUUCACAGAAUUCGCCUUUAAAGUUCUUUAUCAGAAAACCCCGAAAUGUGGGGGUUUUUUCAAUAAAAAGCCCACAAUUUUUUAAUUUUUUUUUUUUUUUCAAAAAUAGUCUGUCUUAAACAGUAAAACCUCAGCUGGAUUAUACGAGGCAGGAACAGGGCCAUUUCUAGACACUGUAAUCUCAAAUGUAAUCUCACUGUAAUCUCAACUCAAGCUUCCAUAUGCAACUCCAGUCACACCUGGCUGCACUCAUAAUUGCUGCCUUUAAAUCUUAAUUAUUUGGUUAAUCUUAGACAAAGAAAAAAAAUUAUUUUGAAAUCUUGUAUGCUUUCCUUGGUAACCAAGGAUUUUUUUUCCUGUUGGUUAACAUUUUUCUUCGAACUGUACCUAGAAAUAUGUCCUCUGAAAGACUUUGUAAUUAUCCUGUACCUGAUAUGAAUGACUCCUCCUACUUUUUUUUUUCAUUUGUUCUCUGGUUUUAAUUCUCCAUUGUUCACUUAGGUAGC